AUGGUCGUUGUGUCGCGGAGUGGAUCAUGGGAGCACAUUCGAUUUUGUCUAGAAUUCAGUCAAACGCCUCUUUUCUCUUCCAAAUUUUUAGGCAAGCAAACUUACGAAGAAGCGGCCAUAUACAUUCAAGCUUCCUUUGAAGCAAAGAAUAAGUCACAAAACAAGGAGAUCUACUGUCAUCAGACCUGUGCCACAGAUACUAACAACAUCCAGUUCGUCUUU